AGCUCCACCUGACGUAAAGCAAUCUUGGAUUACCGUGGGCUGAUAUCUUAUUACAAUUAACUGCAGGUACAGAGCAGCACUACACAGUGUGUUGAAGAGCAGUGGAACUGCUUACCUGGCUCUGUAAAAAUGGAAAAGGACAAAAGAGAGAUCCGAUGGUUCUCAUGGGUCUGGCUAGCAUUAUUGAUUUCCCAGUUUCCAGCCCAUUCAAGUGCCUUCAUGGUCUGUUGGAGUGCUUAUGUGGAGCUCCGGUACUUCAGUCCAGUGACCAACCAGAGUACGACCAGUGUGUGUGAGUGUGGAGUGUAUGGGUCAGACUCGCCUUUGGAUGCAGAAUCUGGGUAUGUGGCACUUCCUAAUUCAGAUCCGCUGGCCUGCUCUCCCAACAUCACCUUUGCUGUCAACCGUAAGCCAUGGAUAGCUCUCAUCAAAAGAGGUAACUGUAGCCAUGCUGACAAGAUCCAGGCAGCAGAGCAAGAGGGAGCCUCAGCUGUAGUUAUCUACAACAUUGAUGGCACUGGAAACUCAACAAAUCCCAUGUCCCAUUCAGGGACUGGCAGCACAGUGGCCAUCAUGAUCGGCAAUCACAUGGGGAAACAAAUCACUAGUCUGGUUGAGAGUGGAACGGAGGUCUAUAUGAGCCUGUUAGUGGGCAACCCAUAUAAGACUUGGGGCAACCCUUUGUGGGUCUAUGUCAUGUCUUUUACCUUCUUCGGAAUAACAGCCAUUAUUCUGGGAUACUUCAUCUUCGUGGUCAUUAGGCGCCUCUACCGAAACAGACAGCUCCGGAUCCAGCAGAGAGAACUUAAAAAGGUGGCUGAGAGAGCUAUUGCCAAGUUACAAGUUCGGACACUGCGGCGAACUGAUCCGGAAGUUGAAGCAGAAGAGAACAACUGUGCUGUGUGUAUUGACUCUUUCAAGAGGGGUGAUAUUGUGACAACUCUGCCGUGCAGCCACCUCUUCCACAAAACAUGCAUUGAACCAUGGUUACUGGAACACCAUACCUGCCCUAUGUGCAAAUAUGACAUCCUUAAAGGAGAGGUUGGGGUAGAACCUACUCAGGAAUCUUCCAUGCCACCAGCAGAUGUCAGGUUUUAUCCAAGCUCUGUCUCAGGGUCACUGGCAGAAACACCAGACGUGGUCAGAUCUCUAGAGCAACAAGCUGAAGCCAGGCCAGGCUUAGGUCUUCAGACUGCUGGAUGUGCCAUUCAAGUAUCGAAUCACAUUUAUGAAGACCCAUAUGCCACGAGAGAGGGGCACAUCUAUGAGAACCAAGCAUUUGAAGAGGAACAGCAGAUCACUGACCAUCAGGACAGUAACCAUCAGACACAUCACGUUUAGAAUUCCCUGCAUAGUCUUCAGUAAGAUGGUCUCUUGAACUGGGGUAUAAUAAGGAAAAGAAUAGGAAAAAAGGGCCUGACAGGGUUAUCUGACCCAGAAAUUAGAGCCCUUUAAAAAGCAGCUUGAAAUAAUCAACUGUAACACCAUGGAUUGCACUAAUUCUAAUGAUUCUGAAAACAAAGAUUGUUAGAUUAGAUAAUGGGUUUGGCAGCAUUUUUUCAAAAGCAUGCACUUCAAGGCUGUUGAUUUUUCACCUAAAGACUGACUGUCAGAAAUGUGCUCAGUGCUCUGCUAUGCAAAAUGAAUGACUUUAUAUUUUUAGAAAUUUGAUAGAUUUUAAGAAUCUACAAAUUAUUUUUCCCAUUUACGAUCCAAAAGGGGCCAAAUACUGAAUCAUAAACUGUAUUAUAAUGUAUCAUACACUCAUUAUUCCUUCUAACUAUUGCGAUAGUUUGCCUGUGAUACUAUAAAAUAAACUUAUAUUUUUAAAUAACAUCUUGUCAAGUUAUUUUUACAGAGAGGUCAGAAUCAGAAAUUUAAUUUUGUCAUGUCCCUCUCUUUGCAACAUAGCUGUUUACUUGAGCCAACUUCUUGAUAUGCCAGAAUGUUUAUUUAAAACAGGCUGCAUCUCACUGACACGCCUACGACCACAGGCUAACUAAACUCACUGACUUGCCAGGAAGUCUGUGCCAAAGAAGUGUAAUGUACAUGUGACAAAACUUCCACUGAAUAUAGAAAACAGUUAGUGUACUAAGUGAGCUAAGCUGAACUGGUCAGUCUUGACAGUCUGUCUUGCAAACUGUUGUUAUUGGGGAGCAUGCUGUGUAGAGCAUUCGGCAUCCCUUGCUGUCAGUGGAAGCUAAUUAUAACCCUUGACUAGGGAUCUUUGAAGUGGACGAAGUCAGCGGAGGAGGUGCAGUCUGGUAUGUGACUUAGAAAUCGUUGAGAAGACUUCUAAAUUUAACCCUUUAGGAAAAGAGACACUAUAUCUAAAAAGGGCUGUGAAACAUAAAUCCAUCUUAACUGUAAGUUCUGCAUUGUACACUUUGCACCAGUGGAACAUUAAAGUAAUUGUAAUUUCCUGUAUAGCUUUCCAAAAUGAAGACUGUUAAUGCUGUAUUGUGCAAAUAUGUAUAUUGGUAAAUAAAAAUAAUAAAUAUCU